AUGAAGGUCUCUGGUUGCUUCCUUUCUGUUUACCUCGCCUUUUUGUUACCAACAACGGCUGCACUUUGGGCUCCUCGUCCUGAUGGCCUUGCAAACACAGUCAAGCUACCCUUGUACAGCAACUUUCGAACCAGACCGGUGGCUUUCCCUGAUGUGAGGUCUUCUUCGGCGUUCCAAGUCUCCACUGGUCAUGCCCUUCGAGGUGGUGGCUGUAGUGAUACGUCUAUGACGUUGUUUCUAAAGGUUGGAGUCAGUGCCGUACUUCAAGCUAUCUCUUUGUUGGGCGUGUUGAGAGUUGGCAAGGAAGUCUCUGAUAAAGUAUCAGCCGAAAUCGAAAAGCCCAAACUUCCCCAAUGGCUUUCCAUCAAACUCUUGCCUCAAUGGCUCUCCAUUGGAGUGGUUGUGUUUGCCUCGAGCAUUUUUGGAAGUUUGGUGGAUGGAGGCAUGAGUGCCGCCACGCAGCAAUUUAUGGAUCCCAAUGUGGUUCCGGGAGACCCAAAUUGGUAUUCUAACUUGGUUAAACCAGUGUGGAAUCCUCCUGGAUGGCUCUUCCCCAUCAUGUGGCUGUUGGUUAGCAAGCCUACCCAGGCCAUUGCGUUGAACAAGGUGUUGAAGAAUGAUGACAAGGAGAAGCCCAAAUUCCGUUGGAAGGCCCUAGGAGUGUACUGUGCUCACUUGGCACUGGGCGACGCCUGGAACAAGGUGUUUUUUGGCUUUCAAUGCAUCGGGCGAGGAACAGCAGUGAUUACAGCAUUCUUUGGGGCUCUUUUGACGAGUACCAAACUAUUCUACGAUCUGGAUCCAGAGGCUGGUAAAUUCAUGUUGCCAACAUGCGGUUGGGUGGCUGUGGCUACAGCACUCAAUUGGAGUAUCUAUUUUAAGAACUAG